AGUCUCGAAGAUUUGAGAGCGAAUUCGCAAAGAAGUCGUCCGGUCCAAUUGUCGGUCUCCGCAAAAUUACAUUUUGCCACUCUCUCUCCUGCGUACCUUUCUUCCUCCUCCGACCAAAACCGAACCCUCAGAAAUCCCAAUUCUCAACCUCAACCUCAACCUCCCAAAGGUCCCGCCUUUAGUUCCGAACCUCAAUCGAAUCUAGUUCCCAUAUCCUCAAUCCCCUCAAUUUGUCUCAAUUCCACCCAAACUCAGCCCUGACAUAGGAAUUUUUUUUCCUUCUGAUUUGAUCCACCAAUUUUCAGUUUUUGGGCAUUCUGUAGAUCGAAUCUAACCCUUUUUUAAACCCUUUUCAAUCCCAUCAAAGAGAUGGCUUCUACUAGCUAUCAAACUCCCAUGUCCUGUUCCCAUCUCCACAGUUUCAAAGAGAAUCAUGGCAUCACCGGCUAUAAAUCCCUUCGAAUCCCCAUCAAGCCCUCAAAAAAUUCAGUACCCAGAUGCUCUUUCUGCUCCAAAACCCUAGGCCGGCUCUACAUCUGCUUGAUCUGCUCUGAAGUUAACUGUUCAGAUCACUUCUUCAUCCAUAUCCAAUCAAAUGACGGACAUGAGAUCUCUGUAGACGUAGAAAGAUCAGAGCUUUAUUGCUUUCUUUGCAAUGAUCAGGUAUAUGAUCUCGACUUUGAUAAGUUCAUCGAAAUCAGGAGAAAGCGAACCCGAAAGCAGCAAAAAUUAGCAAAGAAGGAGGUUGAUCAGUAUUGGGGAUUGAGGGGGAUGAAUAACUUGGGCAAUACUUGCUUCAUGAAUUCAGUUCUCCAAGCUUUAGUUCACACUCCGCCGUUGAAAAAUCACUUCUUGGGGCACAGAGAGGUUUGUAGGCUGAGGAGGAGGAGGAGGAGAGCUGCAGGUGGAGCUGGGGAGGUUUCGUGUUUGGCUUGUGAUUUAGAUGGAGUUUUCUCGGCGGUGUUUUCGGGUGAGCGGAUGCCUUAUAGCCCUGCCCAGUUUCUUUACAGUUGGUGGCAGCAUUCAACUACCCUUGCUGGUUAUGAGCAGCAAGAUGCCCAUGAGUUCUUCAUCUCAAUGCUUGACCGGAUUCAUGAGAAAGAGCAACCUAACCAUUCAAAUAAAGUAGGGAUUGGAGACUGCCAUUGCAUUGUCCACAAAGUUUUCGCAGGGAUUUUAAGAUCAGAUGUCACUUGUACCAUUUGUGGAUUCACUUCCACCACUUAUGAUCCAUGUGUUGACAUCUCUCUUGACUUGGAACCAAACAAUGGAAGCUCAGUGUCUGCUGGUAAAUCUACCAAACAAAGCUCGAACCCUAUAACAUCAACUCUCAUGGGAUGCCUCGAUCAUUUCACAAGACCGGAGAAAUUAGGAAGCGACCAAAAACUCCAUUGCCAAAAUUGCCAAAUAAAGCAAGAUUCAGUGAAGCAAAUGUCCAUCCGAAAACUUCCUCUAGUCCUCUGCUUCCACAUUAAAAGAUUCGAACACUCUUUAAUCCAAAGAACAUCGAAGAAGAUCAACCAAUAUGUAAAAUUUCCAUUUUCACUUGAUAUGACCUCAUAUUUAUCCUCAUCUAUUAUAAGAAAAAGAUUUGGGACCAGGAUAUUUGCCUUUGAGGGGGAUGAAUCUGAGGUUUCGAGUUUGUCUUCAGAAUUUGAAAUAUUUGCUGUGGUUUCUCAUAUGGGUCAGAUGGAAUCAGGCCAUUAUGUGACGUAUCUUCGGUUGAGGGAUCAAUGGUAUAGAUGUGAUGAUGCUUGGAUCACUAAGGUGGAUGAAGAGAUUGUGAAGGCUUCACAAGCCUACGUGAUGUAUUAUGUGCAGAAAGUUUUGUACCAUAAGGAAGGAACCAAUAUGAAUUCCUAUCCUUCUUCGAGGUGUUGCUAAGGAAAAGGAGUUUUCGAGGGAAAAGAGGGCGCUCCAUACUAUUAUGAAGGGUUAACUGCGAAUAGACCCCCUGUGCUAUUGCCCAAUUGUGGAUCGUCCUCCUACAGUUCCAUUUGUGCAUAUAGGCUCCCUGAGCGAUUCUUUUUACUCUCCUUUACCCCCAGGAGGUCUAUUGUCAGAAAACGAUUUUCGGGGUGAGAGAGUAAUAAAUGAUAAUAGUAAUAAAACAUUCUGGGGGUCCAUCUACAAUUGGGUGAUAGUACAAAGGGUCCAUCCAUAACUGACCCUAUUGUAAAAGUAAAGGAACAGUAGCCUCCGCGACCAAGGGAUGAAAUGUAUUUCUUCGAAACUCUUGCUUCUUCUUCUGCUUGAAGACUCUUCUUACAGAGAAUAGUUCUUGAGGUCUGAUUGGGAUGAAAAGUUAUUCAUACACGGGAACAUGAAACCAAAAAAAUAAAAGGCAGGGAAAGUGCUUACUAAGUGAACGGUAACGGGAGAGAUCGCUGCUGUUUCCUCUACAUUACCUUGUUUUUUGAGUAUGGUAAUGUUCGUUUCUACUCUUCUGAUAACUUACAUUGUAAUUGUUUUUGAAGUUACAACGCUUACCUCUGACUGUUCAUAUGUACCUAUUAGCUUAUUCUCGUCCAAGUUAGACAAAAGGAUCUGAAAAAAUGUUCAGAUUGAUUGCAUAAAUGUAAACAUUGCUGCAGCUGAUGAAGGAAAAGGAUUCUUGUGGCUGUUGUUGGUGUACAAUUUGGUGGUGGUUUUUGUUUUGGAUGGGAACUUUGCGAUGAAUGGCUAAUUGUGGUGAUUUUUUUA